CGGCGGCCGCGGGGCUUGGCAGGGUGUGCAGGGGCCUGGCGGAGGCGCCGCGCGCCGUGGGGAGGCCGCGCCCGGCAGGUUUCCAAGAAGCAGUUGGAAAACUUGAUCGAGACAAUUCAACUGGAAAACCGGGACUGGCAGACCCUCUUCUCCUCCAGACAAAAGGCAGGACCCAGAGAGAGGCCCCAGGGGUUCUGGGGACACCCAUCUACCCUCUUGGAGGACGUGUGCUUCUGUGUGAAGACAAAGGCAAUUCAGUAUGGCAGCAGGACCGAAGGGCCAACAGGGAGCUGUCGCAGUGCUUGGGUGAAGUGUCUUCGGGAAAGCUGGAUCGGGGAACGCCUGAACUUGGGGUUGCGUUGAAUAUCCAGCAUGGCUCAGCUGAGAACUUAGAAAAGACCCGCCGAGUGAGACCCCGCCACGCACGCCGUGCCUGGCCCCGUGCUGACGACAGACAUGCCCAGAGUGCGUGAUCAUUGCCGCGCUGCGUGUUCAGAUGCUGAGGGAUGACAGAAUGAGCAGGCGGUUCCGGGUGAGACAGGCAAGUCUCCUGGCUUGUGAAGGCCUAGCAGGUGUGAGUUUGGUCCCUACCGCAGCCAGCAAGAAGAUGAUGCUGAGCCAGAUUGCCAGCAAGCAGGCCGGGACUGGCGAGCGGGCAGGUAGCCCCGAUGUGCUGAGGUGCUCGAGUCAGGGCCAUCGGAAAGACAGUGAGAAGUCCCGGAACCGCAAAGAUGAUGAUAGCCUGGCCGAGGCCUCUCAUUCGAAAAAGACUGUUAAAAAGGUGGUGGUAGUGGAACAAAAUGGUUCGUUUCAAGUCAAGAUUCCCAAAAAUUUUACUUGUGAACACUGCUUCGGAGCCUUUAGGAGCAGUUACCACCUCAAGAGGCACAUCCUGAUUCACACUGGUGAAAAGCCAUUUGAGUGUGACGUAUGCAACAUGCGCUUCAUCCAGAAGUACCAUCUGGAACGUCACAAGCGCGUGCACAGUGGCGAGAAGCCUUACCAGUGUGAACGGUGUCACCAGUGUUUUUCUCGGACAGAUCGAUUACUCAGACACAAACGGAUGUGCCAAGGGUGCCAGUCCAAGACCUCCGACGGGCAGUUUUCUCUCUAGGCGCAAGGGGCCCUGGGUGGUGGGAGUGGCCAGAAGCAUCUACUGAUGAGUGUAUCCCCCUCUGGUCUGAUGG